AUGUCAAACGCAGUUCAAUCAAACACCGCAGUCGGAUCACGGAGGAGUCGAGUGGUAAUUCUUCCACCGGUAUCUCUUCUUUCUAACGUAUCUGCCGAGCCAUUCGUUGACACACAUACCCACCUCCAUUACGUCUUAGAGAAAAUAUCUGAUUCCCUUGGAUUGACAUCCUUUGAAGCUUUAAAAGAGCAUCAUUUUCCGAAAAACUUGGAGUACGUUAUAAACGUCCUCUGUGAAGUAGAAAAUUUUUAUCCUGAUAUAUAUCCGGGCACUUUUCGUGAUUGGCGUGUCAUGGCAGCCACACCUUAUGUCUACUUGACAGCAGGCGUUCAUCCCCAUAGUGCGCGUUUAUAUGACGACCAGAUCGAAGCGCAGAUGGUUGAGGUAUUACUUCAUGAGAAGACGGUUGCUUUAGGUGAGAUUGGCUUAGACUAUCAUUACGAUAACUCACCUAGAGAUGUGCAGAGACAAGUGUUCAUUAGGCAGAUCAAAAAAGCGAUUGAUUUCAAGAAGCCUUUGGUUAUACAUACAAGAGAGGCUGAGCAGGAUACUUGGGACAUUAUGAGAGAACACGUGCCCAAAGAGUGGAAAGUGCAUGUACAUUGUUUUACUGAUUCACCAGAGUUUGCCACGAAACUUCUCGAGUAUUUUCCUAAUCUGUUUCUCGGAAUCACAGGCGUCGUAACAUAUUCAUCAGCCAAAAAUACCCAACAAAUAGUUCGCUCUGUCGUUCCUCUAAAUCGCUUUCUCCUUGAAACCGAUGCACCAUAUAUGAUACCAGCGAAAUUAAACAGGAACAGGAGAACGCAUGAAAAGAUUACCGUAAGCCAUUCAGGAAUGAUUCCUUUGGUUGCCGAGAAAAUUGCGCAGCUUAGAGGAAUUAAUGUAGACGAUGUUAUGAAGGCCGCAAGAGAAAAUGCUAGAGAAAUGUAUGGCAUAUAA